AUGAAUUCAGGCUAUCCUCCAGACCCGGCGUCUGGUCAGAGGCCGGCGGAGCCGAAAGGCUCGGUGCGACGGGCGAGGGAGAUGCUCGAGUCGGGGAGACGUCCAAGAAUUCAAGCACCCCCAAUGCCCCCACAAGGCUUCCAGCGUCCUCCCCCCUACCGAACCGAUCCCUCUCAUAUGACCCAGUGGCCCCUGUCAGGCAGUGGUGCCAUGCCACCCCAGCAGGUGGAUCCCCAGGGAAGACUGUUUGUCCCAAGGGGACCACCACCGCAGAGACCCCCCCGCCCCGAUGCUCCGUCGCCGUCGGUGUAUUCAGAAAGGAGUCUUUCCGAUGCCGAACCCAGUCCAUUGCAUUUGAAUAGGUCAGUUCCGUCCUUCUCAAAGCCGCGACCGCCACAGCAACCACCACCCCCACGCCCGGCCGUCAGGGUCCCGAUCCCCGCGCGCCCAACCAGUGACGCCGACUCAACGCCUCGGGUGUCAGUGGCCACGGAUGAGCUCUUCCGGCGAUCCGCGGCAUCGACGACCUCCAUUCCGUCGAUUCCUGAUUUCCCGGCGUCCACGCUCCCUCUUCCGGCGGAGGACAACACGGUUCCCAAACACGUCCCGAGACGGCCACCCAAUCUCGCCCCGCCUCCGCACACAUCGCGUUCCUUUAUCAACCGCCGAUCCUCCGUCUCGCCCAUCCCCGAGGAGAUAUCUGAGAGCCCAACCGUCCCCCGGAGUGCGUAUCCGUCCAGUCGCGCGGUUGUACCAAGUUGGGCAUCCGCUCAGGCCGAGUCGGAUAUCCUAGGAGCCUACCUGGACGUCGAUUCGGGCGAGGAUUCUCCCGACUCGCGGCCCUCGGGCGAAGAUCACGGUCCGACCCUGGUAAGGCAGGCCAGUCUGGGGAAACGAGGCAAGCCCUCGCUACGGACCAUCCAACGGGCGACCACGGAAUCACUCGCGCCCCCGGCCGGCAAUCAUCCCAGGGAUAUCAAGCAGCCUUCAUCCGGCGCUGAACCUUCCGGGGCCCCCCAGCAAAAGGAUGUCUUUGGCGGUCCCAAGGAUAACAGAGGCUCCGCCUCGUCGUCGUCAACGGCAUCCUCUCAUUUCGACUGGGAAAAGGCACCCGUCGUCGUUAAUAUCGGCCAGCCGCAACGCCAUGACUCCCCUGCGUUGGAGAAAGAAAUGGGGGGCGCACUUCCUUUGGCGGCUCCGACCAUGAGUGAUAAGCGCCCUACUGGUCGCCGGCCGCCCCGUCUCGACAUGGAUGCCGUUCGGGAUGCCGAAGCUCGAGGGAGCUUGACCAGCUUGCCGGAUCUGAUCCGGCGGGCGACGAGGCUUGCUACCAACCUCGAACACGGGCGUACAGCCAGCCGCAAUGACCUCUUGAACUUUGGAGGCUCUAAGCUUCCGAAUGGCCAAAACCGCAAGUCCGGAUCUCUCAAGGAUAUCUUGGCUUCGUUCCCCCCUCCGGCGUCCACUCCCCAGGGCGGGCGCUCGUCCUGGCCGACCUUUUUCGGGCGAUCCCAGUUGCACAAUCUCCACUCCAACGACGACACGGAAGACAACGGAGAAAAGAGCAGAAGGCCUGCACGACGCUGCUGCGGCAUGCCACUCUGGCUUUUCAUCGUGCUCCUCAUCAUAUUCAUCAUCAUCGUUCUCUGUGCCGUCCUGAUCCCCGUCUUCCUGGUGGUCGUCCCCCAGCACAAAAACAGCCGCAUCACCAGCCUAGCGAGUCACUCCGCCUGCGGAUCCAAUUCGCCCUGCGAAAACGGCGGGGUCAGCGUCUCCAGCGACGACGUCUGCUCCUGCGUCUGCACCAACGGCUUCACGGGAUCGCGCUGUACUGUCGCCGGCGACGCCAGCUGCAUCGCCACCGAGAUCCCGGACGGUUCAUCCUCGCGCAACGCAACCAUGGGCGAUCAGCUUCCCCGGCUCUUCGGCGACGUCAAAAGCGACUUCAACAUCCCCCUGGACCCAGUGACCAUCAUGGCCCUCUUCAGCCAAAACGACGUGUCCUGCACGACCGAGAACGCCCUGAUCGCCUUCCGCGGCGUCUCAACCGGGUCCAACAAACGCGAUCUCCCCACGGCCACCCUAUCCGCGCGCGGUUCCGCCGCAACAGAAGACGGCAUUGUCUUCGACCAUCCGAUUAAAAAGCACUCACAGUCCGACUCCACCGACAAGGAGGAUGACCCGCCCGAAGCAUCCCCCUCCAAAACCCCCACCGCCUCGUCAACCCACCACUCCCCACAAGCCAUCUCCGACAAAACCCUCGACUUCGCCCGCGUAGCAGUCCUCUACAUCCUCGAAAAGACCGGCGCCUUCGACGCAGCCCUCUUCACCGUCGACAGCAUCGAGAACUACCUGCGCGACAAGUACCCAGCCAAGAAAGAAAAGUACGUCAUCGACCUGGAGGACGCGGGCGUGUCGGCCACGUACACGUUGGAUUUCGACGGAUACCAGAUCAGCACACCCGGAGGCGCCGUGGUCGGAGGGGAUAGUCAAUAG